CUAUGCUUUACCUAUCGUUCUAUAGCUGUAUCUUAAAACAAACCAGAACACGCCAGGUGGUGAAUGCAGCCUUCGACUUCUUUCGGUGGUACACAACUGGCAGCUUGUAUGUUUAUAUACGAGUUUCUUCUUUUUAAAAAAAGGCUGAUGUUAUCUCUCGGCUUCUAGAGAAGAUGAUGGUAAGAAUGAUAUUAGUAACCUAAAAAAAAAAACGUUUUUUACUGUACCGAACAUAGAAAAAUCCAAGAGACUAAAUCAUUUGUGCUGAUCUGAUAUGCAGAUAUCAUCAGAUUUCUUUCCGUUGGGGUUAGACAACAGGACAUGUGGGUUUCGUCGGUGCGGUUUGUGAUAUGUGUGUUUGGACACGAGACCGUUGAUGUUAUUAUUUUUGUCUUUUUUUUUUGGGGGAGGUUGUUGGUUCUCAGCAAACACCGUUACUAUAGCUACGCCAUCGACCCAACAAUAACAAAAUUCGGCGACGCGUUUCACUAGCCCAAAACUGGUCGAUGCGCCAGGUGGCUGGGCGUGGACAGUCGGAGUAAAAGAAUGAGGACGAAAACAAGGGACACCUAACUAGUGCUAGUGUGUUCCAGUCGGAUUAAUAACAUUUUUUUAAAAUCAUCCAGUUCUUUGAAUCAUUACCACCUGCAUUUGGUUAAUUCAACUGGUUUUUUUUUUUAUGUUUCCCUCAAUCACAUUCGUGGUCGGCCUAUAACUGGAAUGGAAGAUCUACGCUACGAAGGCUGGUCGAUUGGACGCCAAUUGAACGCCGUGUACGAAUCGUUGGAACAAAUUUGUGGCGUCCACGUCGCGGCCGUAGACAUCAGCCGGGACUGCGUUCGACCGACAUUGGUUAACGACGAAACAGAAGAGCAUCUGCAACAGCUGCUGGAAGGAUUACGCCAACAGGAAGGCCUCCUACGCCAGCAGAUUCGUGACCUCAUUGCCAAAUUGCCCAUCCGCACAAACGACGAGGCGGUGACCAAUGGAACAGCAGCGCCUGCGGCCGAAGCGCUCCGUCACUUCCUCGUCUCCAACGGUGGCGAAACGGGCGGAUGGGAUGCCCGAGAUCACGGCCUUUUCCUCCAGUGGCGUUCCAGAUUUAGAAACAAUCGACAGACGUUCGUCUCGGCCGUCUGUGACACGGUGCCAGGUAAGAAUCCAGCCCAGGUGGAAGCCCAUGAGAAAUGGUAUCAGAACUUGCAGAGGUUACGUCGUGAACAACGACAGGAACUGGACAAUUGGAAGCGCGAAAAAAGGCAAAUGGAGGAAGAAGAUCGGAAGCGAAUAGCGUCGCAUUUGCAACAGCAAGAAAGCGACGCCUGGGUGGCCGAAUGGCGUCGUCAACGAGAAUCGGUUCGUGAGCGACUCGAUCGCUGGAAGGAGACAAAGGCACGAAAAGCUGCUGAAGAUCCAGCAAUGACAGCCGAAGCGAUGGAAGAAGAGCGGAAAAAGGCGGAAGCGGAGCAAAAGCGCCGGAUGGAUCAACAGUACCAGAAACUAGUGGCCUAUUUAUGGCGGAUGGAGCAAGAAGCGGCCAAAGUAGCAAGCGAAACGGCUGAUGAUUACUUGGCUCGGCUGUUGCGGAAGCAGAAAUCACUGUCCAGCAACGGCAGCAAGAACGGCCAGCUGAUGGCCGAGCAAAGGCAACAACGCGACCGGGAAUGGCUAGAACAUCGACGUCGUCAGCUGUUGACUCGCCAACAACAACAGCCAUCAUCCAAAGUGGCUCCGCUCAGGAGGGCUGUCUCCGUUCCACGCGAUCCGCAGCGUCUCCUACGACCCACAUCCGCAUUUAUGGCCCGGCUUCUACCUGCCACUGAUGACGGUGUGUCAGGACGGCCCACCGACUCUUACAUCCUCAACGUUCAGUCCAAGACGGUGCCCAGUUGGCGACAGCUAUCAACGGGCUGAUGACGUCAUCACUGGAAAAUGGAAUGUCAAAAAAGACGGUCGUAAAACAUCCAACACCACCACCGCAGCUGACAUUUCUUUUUUUUUUAUCUAAAAUUUUUCCAAAUGAGAAGCGAUUCAAAUGCGUCAUGUUGUCGUCAAAGUAAAAAAAAAAAUGAUGUGUUUCUUUUGAA